CACACACCAGCAACAAGCAGAGGAGGUACCUGCACAGAGAGAAGAGACGGUCAGAACCAUGAAGAGCAUCCACUCCCUGGCUGGAAUCCUACUCCUCCUGGGCUUUGUCCACAGCAGCUGGCAGGUUCCUCUGCAAGAGGCCGACGACAGCUCCAGUUUGGAGGCCGAGGACACGUUAACAGACGAGCUGAGGCAGCUGCCCAGCAUGAAGAGACACUCCGAGGGGACGUUCUCCAACGACUACAGCAAAUACCUGGAGGACAGGAAGGCGCAGGACUUUGUGCGCUGGCUGAUGAACAACAAGAGGAGCGGAGCUGCAGAGAAGCGCCACGCAGACGGGACCUUCACCAGCGACGUGAGCUCCUUCCUGCAGGACCAGGCGCUCAAAGACUUUGUUGCCAGGCUCAAGUCUGGACAAGUCAGAAGAGAAUCUGAGCAGGACAGGUGGGGCGAGGCCAUCAGCAGGAGGCAUGUAGACGGCAGCUUCACCAGUGAUGUGAACAAGGUGCUUGACUCCAUGGCUGCCAAGGAGUAUUUACUGUGGGUCAUGACCUCCAAGCCCUCAGGGGAAAGCAAGAAGAGUGAAGUGGACCAAUGAGACGCUGCGGAAGGGACCCGUCUAUGUGCUGCAUGUGAAGCCAUACACAGGAGGAACAGGAAGCCAUUCUGCUUUGCAUGUUGACAUGUCAACGAUCUAUUUAAAUUUGUUUUUUACUUCUUGUGAUGCAAAGAUACAAAACAAAAAAAACGACUAGUCUUCUAUGAUGUUUAUGGAAAUGAAAUUUCAGGGCAUGUUUUUUCUACAAAAUUUAAAUUAUUGUCUAUAUUUUUAAAGUGAAAACAAGAACACAAAAAGCUAAAUCUCAGGUUAGUGGAAUAGAGAACACUUGUUGUG